AGCUUCGCUCGCCUGCGCCGCCAAGCCGCUUGCUGCGCGCCCGCCCAAGCGCCGCCAAGCCACCACCCAAGCGCCUCCGCUCCCCUCGCCACCAGGCCGCGCGCCUUCCUCGGCCCUGCCCCGCACCUCGCUGCUCGAUGCCCAACACACCACGCACGCGCUGCUACAGCACCACGCCGCCGCUCCCUGCCCAACACGCGCUGCUGCAGCACCACGGCCGCGCGCGCCCACCCGCCAAGCAAGCUCCAUCGCCAGCUUCGCUCGAUUGCCCGGGCGCACGCAUCAGCUUAUUUUCCCAGCUAGUCAAUUCCCAAGCUCCCUCCGCAUGCGCGCUUCCUCCACUUGAUUUCCUUCCUCGCACGCACAAUAAUUCGCGCAAAAUCCGGUCCAAACCGGAACCAAACCGGGCGCCAACCAGAAAAAUCAGCUCGGACCGGGCGCCAACCGGGCGGCAACCGGACGGUCCAGCCCAGGAUCCGGUCCAACCGGCCCCAUGACCGGAUUCCGCAGUUUUGACCCAGAUUUUGGCCAAUUCUGACUCCUCUUUUUGCCCCAAAUUUUGACAACUUUCCGGAGUCCGUUUGACUCCAAAUUUUAACAGCAUCUCCCAAAUACUCCACAUAGCCCAUCUCUAAUUUUUGACGAUUUUUGGAGCCCAACUUUUGACCGCUAGUUUUGACCCAACUUUUCGGGCAUUGACUUAAUUUGCUCGGUUUCCGUUUUGGAGUGCAUUGGUUGUAACAUUCGCGUCGCGCCUACAUCGACACCGCGGCGACACCUUUGGCACCCCGGAUUCCGGCGCAAGCUCGACACCAUCAUCGACACCACCUCAACAUCAUCGCAAGUUCGUGUUCCGGCACCGCCUAACAUCAAUAGGUAUCACUUGCCCCCCCACCCCUUGUAGCCCCUUUCUUCCUUUGCGUACCUAUCCCAUUGAGAAUGGCUUUCCGAACGUUGCGAAGCAUUGCACAAGUGUCACGACCGUGAGAGGGUGUGUGUGUGUGUUGUGUUGAGCAAAGCUCCGAAGCAAGCUCGGUGAGAAAAAAUACACAAAAGAAGAAAAGUGUGAUAUAUACAUAGAGAGAAAUAAAGCUUCUAAUCAUAGAGAAAAAAAAAGUGAAAAAAAAGAGAAAAAAAUAGAAAAGAGUGUGUGUCCACCAAUACCGAGAAGUGCAAAGCUUGUGCGCACUAAGAGAGAUAAGAGAAGAGUGACCCUUGUUGCUUCUUUCUUGUGCAACCAAGCUACGGUCUCUCUUGUGUUGGCGCGACAUCGAGCUUAUAGUCUUCGUUAGGACCAUCUUUGUUACUUGCUCACUUCCUUGGUCGCGCUAACCCCAUUAUUCUUUCUUGUGUGCGUUUCCGUGUUUCCUUGACAUAGAUCACCACUUUUGACAUUUGACUUUGGAUCUUACCCACAUUUGACAAUAGACUUUUCCGUUGAUCUUUUUCGUUUGCUAUCCACCCCUUACCCAUCACAUAUAGUGUUUCUUAGCCUUUUGCGUGUGGUUUGAGUGUGUUUGUGAGUAACCCCGAUACAUUUUGGCUUUGCUCUUGACUUGAAGCACUUUUCCGAUACUUUCUUGAUAGGUGAGAUACUUGUGUAGUUUUCCUUCCACCAUACAUAUACACCGAUCCUAGUGAGAGAUACUAAUGAUGACCCCACUAGAGCACGCCGAGAUGAGAGCAUACUUCGCCGAGCUAGAUGCUCGAGAAGCCCAAAUGACACCCAAAGAUAAAGCCGAGUGCAACGCAUACUUCAAACACCUUGAGAGCAAGAGUGAUACACACCAUGAGUCGAGUGAGGAUGUUUCGAUUUCUAACAAUUUGACCUCUACUCCGCUUGUGUUGUCUUCCUCUUUGCUAGGUUGCUCGGACAUCGACGACGCCAUUGCCAUGGAGAUGAGGGACUCCACUAUAUGUGAGAUGAGCGACUCCACUAUAUGUGAGAUGAGUGACUCCACUAUAUGUGAGCUUGAUGAGUGCCUCCACUUCGAGAGCAUGAGUGAUACACCGUGUGAGAUGAGAGUGGUAGUUGAUAGGUCUUGUGAGGCCAUUUCGAAUUCUAACAACUUACCCUCUACCUCUAGUGUGUUCUCUCGUGUCUCAUUAGGUUCCAUGGAUGACGAGACGCCGAUCAUGGAGAAGAUGUACAUGGUGCAUGAAGAUGAUGAUAUCACACCAUGCUUGUUGCUUGAAGAUGAACAUGGAGGCCACAUCGAGCCUACCUCUUCCACAACACCUACCUCAUAUGAGCGGGACUACAAAGGUACCUAUAUGGGUGUUGAUGAUGCCAUGAUCCCACUAGUGGACAUGAUGAAUUGUGAGUGCAUGCAUGAUGAUGAUGAUACAAUUGCUAUGACACAUGCUCCUUUCUUAUUCCCAUGUGAUGCUUUGCUUGAUAAUAAUGUUGACCAUGUGGAAUUACUUGCUUGUGACCAUAUGACCAUGCCAUGCUAUGAGAGUUUCACUUUCUCUCCUUUUGCUUGCAAUGUGUCGAACAAUUGCUCUUUCCCAUGUAUUGCUUGCAAUGAAAAUGAUAAUGCUUGUGUUGUGACAACCUUGAUGAACAAUUGCUCUUUCCCUAGGUUUGUCGACAACAAUGAUCAAAUGUUGAACAUGUUUUGUGCUACAUGCUUGCAAUAUUCUCCCAUUAGUGCAACCAAAAUGUUGAAUACUUUCUCUUUCCAAUGCUUGGUUUGCCAUAAUGUUAACAUACUUGUAAAUGAGAUUGCCCCCAUAGCUCUCUCACAUUUUGGAGACUUUGCAUAUAUCCAUGUUGAGCAUGUUCCCAUGUUUACUCCGCAUAUUCACCAUAUCUAUUAUGAUGCUUCGCUUAAUGCUAAUGGUGAUGUGCAAAAGAAAUGGCGCAUCAUGAUGGAUGAUGUGUUCAUAUACCAUGCACACACGUUGUUCUUGUUGUCUAACAUGUGUGUAGGUACCCAAACUCCAAUGUCAACCUCGAUUGAGCACGAGUUGACAAAAAGAGCUCUUGAGAGCAUGAUACAAGUGAGCUCCAAUGAAUGGUUUCGCUCGCACACUUCGACUACACAAGAUCUCUCAAUGAGAGCACACCGACAUCUUGCUAAGGGCUCUCGACAAGUGAAGGAACAUUCAAGUGUUGGUGUCAUCUACCUCCUCUACACAUUCACGAAGACUCAUCGUCGAGGGCGACUCUUUUUCAAGUGGGGGGAGAUGAUGUAGCCCGACCUACGGUCUACGCUUCAUCAUGCACGUCAACGUCAAGAACCACACUCAAGGCCGAGGUCACGGAGGCAUGGAAGAGAAGAAGGAAGAAGAGCGUCGGAGGUCGCCUAGGAGAGAAGACGCCUGCCACAAUUCAAUUCGGGCCAAGGCCCAUGUACCCCUUUGUUUCCCUAAACUACCCCUCCUUAGUGGCUCCCUAUAUAUAGGCUCCCACCUCCCCCUUCAUUAGGAAGAGUAGAUGAACUAGAAUUUGGCUCAUGCCUCCACCAUCCCUUUGGGAUUAGGGAAACCCCCUCCUUAGAUUA